CGAAGUCUCAAUUACUGUUCAGGUCGCGUUCGUGUUCUGCGUGGGGGUUUUAGUCAAGCGUUUUUUUCAGGUUUUUGUUCGCAGCUUUGAAGUCUGGUUGGGGCGUUACUGGUCCAGACGCUCUCCUCUAAUCAUCUCAUCUGCGGGUUAAGACUCCAUCUUAACUCCGGGAGUGUAUGAGGUUACUAUAAAGCUGCUGCUAUGUCGAAGAAGAAACAACAGGGGACAGGGGCUUCUUCCAAGGGGAGUAUGACCCGUUCAAGGUAUGCGGUGUUGGAGGAUUUUGAGGAGGAGUUCCCAGCCCUAUUGGCUGGAAUCCCGUUGAGCAAGCCAAAGAAAUUUGUGGCAGACUUGGUUUCUGGGGCAGAUUGUGUUUCGGUUGAUUUAAAGGCCACAGUUGGGAAAACAAAAGUCCUUGCUCUGGACAGGGGUGCUGCUGCUGGGAAUGAGAACCCUGCAGCUAGAGAAAUGCCUGCUGCUAAAGAACCUGCUGCUAAUAAAGAACCUGCUGCUAGGAACAAAACCAGUGCUCAGGAGGAUGCUACUGCUACAGUAGGGCUGAAGGCAGUAUCUUUGGCUGAUCCAGUGCAGGUAAACACACCAACUUCAGAAGCUGAACAGAUUACUAUAACAGGAGGAAAAAUUGCUGAUGUGGAAAGAAAACCAUGGAACGGUCUAUUUAAGGACAACCGAGCCCCAACGCACGGCCUUAAAUUGAAAUAUGUCCCACCCAAAGAAAAAGGACUAGACUUUGCUGAUAGGAUCUUUCCCUCUAUGAUCGAGAUUUGGGGUCACUGUCUUGUUGGAUUUUUCACCGGUAGUUUCCCCGGAUUGAAAGCGAUUUACGAACUCAAAAAUGAAUGGGGUGUGAAGUGCCUUGUUAGGUCUCAUAAAAAGGGUUGGGUUAUAUUCAAGUUUCAAUGUGAACAUGAUAGGACUAAAGUGUUGAAUGGAGGACCGUACUCCAUUUUUGGGAAAUUAUUAUUCCUUAAAGUACUAUCCGAUGAUUUCUCUUUUGAUGAUGAAGAAUUUCUAAAGGUGCCGAUUUGGGUUAAAUUCCCUAAUCUACCCUUAAAGCUAUGGAAUGAGGAGGCAAUGAGUGAAGUGGCGUCUAUGGUUGGUGUCCCACUAACUACGGACAAGGUCACUCAAGAAAAGAGCAACCACAACUUUGCUAGAGUGCUUAUUGAAGUGGAUGUUUCCAAGCCACCACAAUUAUCAUUUCCUAUACGACUACCUUCUCGUAAGGUAUUCAAACAACAUGUGGUUUACGAGACA